CGGGGCGGGGCGCGGCGGGCGGCGACCGGAGCGGCGGCAGCGGCAGCGGCGGCAGCAGCCGCGGACGGGCCAUGCGGGAGCUGCGCUCCGGGCUCUGCCCGCUCUUCAUCCUCCUUCUUCUCCCGCUCCUGCCGGCGGCCGCCGCGCUCGCCUCUCCCCCGGCCCGGCCGUGCGUCCCCCCGGAGUUGCGCCGCGGGCCGCUCCCAGCACCAGCGAGCUCCGGGGCCUGCGUGGGGCUGUAUGGGACCGAGGAGCCCCAUGUUGGGGUGCAGGAGGACGGGGGACCUGUGCAGCUGCUGGGGGAAGGCAGGGUGCUUGCUGUCCCCCGCCGGGAUGCCAUCGGUCAGCCAGACCCUGCCCCUGUCCCCCUGCGGAGCAGGCGCUCCCCCCAGGAGCUACCCAGGGCUCAUGCUGCUCCCAGGAGGCGGAAGAGGGAUUGGGUGAUCCCCCCCAUCAAGGUUCCUGAAAAUGAGAGGGGCCCCUUCCCCAAAAAGCUGGUUCAGAUCAAAUCCAACCGGGACAAAGACACCAAGGUCUUCUACAGCAUCACAGGGCAGGGGGCAGACGCCCCCCCCGAGGGCGUCUUCACCAUCGAGAAAGAGUCGGGCUGGAUGAAGGUGACGCAGCCGCUGGACAGGGAGCGCAUUGACAAGUACCAUCUCUUGUCCCAUGCUGUGUCUGAGAAUGGCAAACCGGUGGAGGAGCCCAUGGAGAUCAUAGUGACAGUGACAGACCAGAAUGACAACAAGCCCCAGUUCACGCAGGAGAUCUUCAGAGGCUCCGUGCCCGAGGGCGCUUUGCCAGGCACCUCCGUGAUGCAGGUGAUGGCCACGGAUGCAGACGAUGCGGUGGAGACCUACAACGGUGUAAUCGCAUACUCCAUCCUCAGCCAGGAGCCACGGGAGCCCCAUCCUCACAUGUUCACCAUCAACAAGGCCACCGGCACCCUCAGCGUCAUUGCCAGUGGCCUCGACCGGGAGCGCGUGCGGGAGUACACGCUGACUGUGCAGGCAGCUGACCUGGAUGGCGAGGGGCUGACCACGACAGCGCUGGCUGUGAUCGAGAUUGCGGAUGUCAAUGACAACGCCCCCGAGUUUGACCCCAAAACGUAUGAGGCGGCCGUGCCGGAGAAUGCAGCUGGGCGGGAGGUAGCCCGGCUGGCUGUCACCGACCUGGACGAGCUGAACACGCCAGCGUGGCGAGCUGUGUACUCCAUCCUGCGUGGCAAUGAGGGGGGAGCCUUCGCCAUUGUCACCGACCCUGCCAGCAAUGAGGCUGUCCUCCGCACCACCAAGGGUUUGGACUACGAGGCCAAGAAACAGUUUGUGCUCCACGUGGCCGUGACCAACGAGCCCCCCUUCGCCGUGAAACUGCCCACGGCCACCGCCACGGUGACGGUCAGUGUGGAGGACGUCAACGAGGCGCCCGUGUUUGAGCCGCUGGUGCAGCUGGCCCGAGUGCCGGAGGAUGUGCCACCAGGGCAGACCAUCGCCUCCUGCACUGCGCGGGACCCCGACACGGCCCAGGGGCAGAGGAUCAAAUACCUGAUGGGACACGACCCGGCGGGCUGGCUGGCUGUGCACCCCGAGAACGGCCUUGUGACGGCACGGGACCACCUGGACCGCGAGUCGCCCUUUGCCAAAAAUAGCACCUACGCUGCCAUGCUGCUGGCGGUGGACGAUGGCUCGCCGCCCGCCACAGGCACUGGCACUCUCCUCCUCACCCUGCUUGAUGUGAACGACCAUGGCCCUGAGGCUGAGCCCCGGGACAUCACCAUUUGCAACCGCAGCCCCCAGCCCCAGGUCCUCACCAUCACUGACAGGGACCUGCCCCCCAACACUGGGCCCUUCCGCGCUGAGCUCAGCCACGGCUCGGGGGAUAGCUGGGCUGUGGAGGUCGGUGACAAAGAUGACACCGUCACCCUGUGGCUGGUGGCAUCACUGGAGCCAGAGCUCUACACCGUCUACCUGCGGCUCUUUGACCGGCCGGGCAAAGCCCAGCUCACCACCAUCACCGCACGGGUCUGCGACUGCGAGGGGCUGGUGCAGAGCUGUGCCCAGAGGUCCCAGCCCGCCACCGGCUUGCCCAUCGUCCUCGCCGCCCUUGGUGCCCUCCUGGCUUUGCUGCUCAUCCUGCUGCUGCUGCUGCUCUUUGUGAGGAGGAGGAAGGUGACGAAGGAGCCGCUGCUGCUGCCUGAGGACGACACGCGGGACAACAUCUUUUACUAUGGGGAGGAGGGCGGUGGAGAGGAGGACCAGGACUACGACCUGCGGCAGCUGCACCGGGGCCUGGACGCCCGCCCUGACGUGCUGCUCCGCAAUGAUGUGGCCCCCACCCUCCUGCCAGCCCCCCAGUACCAGCCCCGUCCUGCCAACCCCGACGACAUCGGCACCUUCAUCGAGGAGAACCUGAAAGCGGCUGACACAGACCCCACGGCUCCCCCCUACGACUCGCUGCUGGUGUUCGACUAUGAGGGCAGCGGCUCGGAGGCCGCCUCGCUCAGCUCCCUCAACUCCUCCGACUCUGACCGCGACCAGGACUACGACUACCUCAGCGACUGGGGCAGCCGCUUCAAGAAGCUGGCGGAGCUCUACGGUGGGGGGGAGGAGGAUGAUUAGGACCCCCCAGCCCCGCUGCCCCUCUGCCCCAUGCCUUACCUCUGCCCGUGCCUUGGGGCUGCCCCCUCCCACCAUGCUCCCUGCCUUGGCAGCAGCCCCCUCACCUUCCUCUCCUGUAUUUUUUUGUGGUUUGUUUUUUUUUUUUUUUUAAUGUAUGAAAUAAAGUAGUGUGAUGCUAUGGAUCAGGUGAGCGGGUGCUGGUGUAAGUUUUAAUAAAGAAUGUGGGUUUUUUAGA